GUCUGAGUAUAUGCUGAUCUGCUUUUAAAUUGUGUAAAGAUUGCGUAAAAUGGAGCAUUUUGCGAGCGAAACAUGUCGCCGACGCUGCUGCGUUUGCUGUGCUUGUGCGCUGGACUAGGGGCGUAUCUGUGCUCUAGCGGCUUGUUGCGUCUCAACGAGGUCUUCUUCCAGAGUUCGACAGCACCGUCCUCGGACUUGAACACUGUUUUAGACGACCGUCAGGAGCUCGAUGCUGCUUACGACCGGCUUGUCGUCGUGUUGAUUGACGCGCUGCGAGCUGAUAUGGUGCUGGGCAGCGCUGCAAUGCACGGUAUUAUUAAUACUGGCGAAAACAAACAGCAGCCAAAAGGAGAAUUAAACGCUCACAUGCCGUUCACCAGCAGUCUCGUGACUUCUGGCAGAGCUCUGGGCUACGUCGCACAUGCCAGUGUUCCGACGGUGACGAUGCCUCGCCUCAAGGCGCUCGUGACCGGCAAACCUCCGGCAUUUAUUGACAUUUUGAAGAAUUUUAACUCGGCAGCUUUGGGUGAGGACGCUAAUCUGGUGUCCUUGUUGGCGGCAAGUGGCAAGCGCAUCGUGUUUUAUGGCGACGAUACGUGGCUCAAGUUGUUCCCGGAGACGUUCGAACGAUCUGAUGGCACGUCGGGGUUCUAUACGAGAGAUACUGUGGAGGUGGAUAACAAUGUUACGAGGCAUUUAAAGGAGGAGCUAGACCCAACCAUGCAGAACGAGAAGAGUGGUGAUUGGGACGUACUGGUACUGCAUUAUCUGGGCUUGGACCACGUCGGUCAUCUACGUGGGCCAAGAUCGCCUUUGAUGAAGGAUAAAUUGCAAGAGAUGGAUGAUGUGAUGAAGUUGGUGGUGGAUUCGGUACGGGAACAAGAUGUACAGAGGAUGAAGAAGGAUGGCUCAGCACGAUCGUCUUUGAUUUUAUUGUGCAGCGAUCAUGGCAUGUCGGAGGUUGGUAACCACGGUGGUGCUACAUUAGAAGAGUCCUCGGCAUUGCUGAUGUUUAUGCGGGGCGAUGGUGAACCGAUGCAGUCUUCGGGUGAUGUCUCCUAUGAGCAGAAGCGUAAUCAGGAAGACCUCGUGCCUACGAUCUCUUCGCUUUUCGGUCUCCCUAUUCCACUGUAUAGCACGGGAUUGCUGUUGGAUGAUGUCGUACGUGCUGCUGGUGCUGCCGGUCACCAUGGGUCUUACUAUCUGCAUGCGUUGUAUCGCAACUUCCAGCAACUCUAUGCUCUUGCCAAGAUUAAGUUCCAUGCCUCAGCCUUGGAGAGCUUUGACCAGCAAUUUGAAGGACCGUUGAAUAAGCUACACAGGAGUCUACAGAGGAAUAAUCACGAUGUGGCGAUUGAUCAGGAAAUUGCAGAGGAGGUUCUCAGAGCCUGUAAAACUCUGCGAGCUAAAGUCGCUCAAAGUGAUGGAUCGGAGUACGAUUCGACCGCAAUAUUUUCCGGCCUGGUACUUCUGCUUGGCAGUGGUGUUGCUGCGCUGUUUAUCGUCAAGAUGGAGACAAAGCCGCAGCUGAAGAACAGUCGCCUGGUUGCAGUUCUUAGUGCCGGCAGUAUUUUGCAGAUUGCGAGUUUAUCAUCAAGCUCUUCGAUCGAAAAUGAGCACGCAACAGCAUUCUUUAUGAUAACCUCUUUACUUGUUGCUGUCGGAAUCAUCCUGUCGAGGCGGAACAAUUCGAGUGGGCCGAGUUACUCACUAGGAACGAUUGGAUUGUUACUGGUGAUUACACGAAUGCUGCGAGCACGCAACCAAAUCAUCAACUUCUGGCGCCUGAACGGACUUGAUAUCGAUGCCAAUUUGCCUGGAAACGAAUUUGCCACCGAUGAUUCCGUGUCAAUAUUGUCAACAGCUCCUGUAGUGCCAUUUAGCAUUUUACCAUUGGGUAUCUGGUUUUUUUUUGUAUGUGGCAUGGUGCUGCGAAAAGCUUCACGGCACGUAAAACCAGCGCUGCAGAAGGGAGCUAUGCUAGAUCUCUCUGUCGGUGUCAGCAGUGGAUUACUGUUUGUUGUUGGUAUGGUGGCAUGUCUACGAGUCAAGGAGCUCUCAGACCAGACUAUAGUUGAGGAAGAUGAUGCGAAAACGUGGACAUCACUGGAUGCUGACUCAUGUGCACGCGUGGUGUACACAACUGUCGUUGUCCUCGCGGUGUUAACGGUCCUAGCUGCUGGAAGUCUACGCCUUUCGCUGGUUGAAAUGAUCGUUUGGCUCCUGGUUGGACUACUUCAACGUGAAGCCAACUUCCCGACGCUUGCCCUUCUUUUUUUGCAAAUGGAAUCAAUAGCGAAGCUACUCAAGAAUGAACAAGCCAUUGGGUUUCGGCACAAUGGCGUUGUUGUGGCGGGGCUCGCGUUGUGGCUAUCACAAGCAGCUUUCUUCGCACUGGGCAACUCACACUUGGUUACUACAAUCGAUAUUAGCCAGUCCUAUCACGGCUUAUCAUCGUAUUCGCAAAGCCUUGUUGGUGCAUUGACGUUUGUCAGCGUUUUCUCCGGUCCGCUAGUGUGCUUCGUGAACCUUUUCCAGUGGUUAGAUGUCACACCCAUCAUCACAUUGACAAGAACGACCGAAGCGUCAACAUCAAGCGCUCCAAACACGAGACGAACUGCGUGUCUUACGAUCUUCACUUACCAGGCACUUCGGUUCGCAGUUUACACUGUGGUGGUCUACUUCAUGCGCUUUCACUUGUUCAUCUGGAGCGUCUUCGCUCCCAAGAUGCUCUACGAGUUCGCACACCUUGCUGUGGCGCUCGUACUGGUAGUGUUGCUUCAGUAACAACGAAACUAGAUACAAGGCAAUAGAGUUGAUAGAAUCUGUACAACGCAACAAUUACCGUUUUUUGUUUUCUCGUGGGUAAAUUAAUGGUCGGACUGUGUUCCUGCUGCUAAAUUUGCCAUGUCCGUGCUCACGGCGACCAACAAAAAGUUUGCAUUAUCGUCGACCACCAAUCAGACUGAAACGAAUACCGGUACCAAAGAAAAAAGAGAGAAAU